AUGGGACCAAAACAGGCGAUAGCGCACAUCUCAAAGGUGCACAUCUCAAAGGUGCUGCUCCUUUCAUAUGUUGUGGAUUGGGUCUUCAUCGUUGGUGUCGCCUUGAUCGGCUACGGAUUUUACAAAGAGAGCCCGAAUCAACACCCCUUCUCUCUAUCGGAUCCUACCAUUUCGUAUCCAUACGACAAGAAAGAGACCGUGAGCACGAAAACCCUGAUCCUGGUAUCGCUCUUGGCCCCCGCCGCCAUUAUCCUGAUCGGCGCAUGGACAAUCGUCCCCGGAACCGCUGCCCCGGCGGGCAUCAAGCCUUCUACCGCGCAGGUCCUGCGUCGCAACGUCUGGAUGUCCACCCAAGGUCUGAAGGUCUUGGUCGGAAAGCCGCGGCCCGACCUGCUGGAUCGCUGUAAACCAGACUUGUCGAAAAUCACAGAUUACAUGGUCGGCGGCCUGGGAACGCACAUCCAGGAUGCCCCUAUUUUAGUGACGUGGGGUAUUUGCCAGGUCAAGACCAACCUCGUCAAAAUCGAUGGCUUUUCCAGUUUCCCGAGCGGACAUGCAUCUUUCUCGUUCGCCGGUCUCGGAUACUUGACCUUGUGGUUCGCCGCCAAGCUCUCUAUCGGAUUCCCUUAUCUUUCAGUGUAUCCAGUCAAAAAUGAGACGCACACUGAUGAUCAACAGUCUGCACGAAAGCGAGGUGCCGCCCCUCCAGUUCUGCUGAUGGUUCUGGCGUUCGUACCUACCGCGACCGCGUGUUUUAUCGCUGCGUCUCGAUGGGCGAAUUGCCGUCACCAUGGCUUUGACGUCCUGUUCGGAUCUGCCAUGGGCAUUUUCUUUGCCUUCAUCGGCUUCCGUAUGUAUCAUCUCCCCAUCCAGCGUGGAGCAGGUUGGGCAUGGGGUCCACGCAGCCCCCACAGAGCCUUCAUCCGAGGACUGGGGUUCCCAAGCUCCCUAGGGACAGACAGCUGGACAUAUUCGAGUAAAGGGGGUGACCAAGAUUCCUGUGUCUACCGCGAAGACAAUGCAAUAGAAAAUGGGGCCAGUAAUGGGAAUCAUUCACAACUCCCUAUGGCCGAACGGGCAUGA